CCAGACACAACACAAAAAUCUUAUCUUCUCUCUUCCAACACUUCCUCUCUCUAAAACUUUCUCUCUCUACAAACUUUCUCUCUCUAGAACCGCCUCUUCAUCAACUCCAAAGCCCAAAGGUCCUCCGAUGAUAUACGCACACCAGAUCUGAAUCUCUAUAUCGCACUUACACUCCAUCGAUUUUCGAGCUGAAGAACUCAAAUUAGGGUUUCGCAGGUUCGAUCUGAGCUGAUACAUAGUCAAGAAUCAGAUCUGUAAGUAUACAUUCUCACAUUCCACAAGCUUUGAUUCGUAGGGGCAGAUUCGUAAUUUCACAUUCUCUGUAGCUUAGAUUUAAUUAGAUUAGUGUUAAGCAAGAAGUUUUAAUUAUUAGGGUUAGGUGGAUUAGUGUGUGUAAUGGCGUACUCAUUUCCAGAAGAAGUGUUGGAGUAUGUGUUUUCGUUUAUAAAUUCUGAUAAGGAUCGAAACGCGGUGUCGCUGGUGUGUAAAUCGUGGUACGAGAUUGAACGGUGGUGUCGUCGGAGGAUUUUUAUUGGGAAUUGUUAUGCGGUGACUCCGGGGAUAAUGGUGAGGAGAUUUCCGGAGAUUAGAUCGGUGGAGAUUAAGGGGAAGCCGCAUUUUGCGGAUUUUAAUUUGGUGCCGGAAGGUUGGGGAGGGUAUGUUUAUCCGUGGGUGGUUGCGAUGUCGAGGGCGUAUCCGUGGUUGGAGGAGAUUAGGUUGAAGAGGAUGGUUGUGAGUGAUGAGUGUUUGGAGCUGAUUUCCAAGAGUUUCAAGAAUUUUAAGGUUCUGGUUAUGUCGUCUUGUGAGGGGUUCUCUACUGAUGGGCUUGCGUCUAUUGUGGCUAAUUGCAGGAAUUUGAAAGAAUUGGACUUGCGUGAGAGUGAAGUGGAAGACUUGAGUGGACAUUGGCUAAGCCAUUUUCCUGACACUUGCACAUCAUUGGUUUCACUAAACAUAGCUUGUUUAGCUUCUGAGGUAAGUUUCUCGGCCUUAGAGAGGCUUGUUUCUAGGUGUCCUAACCUAAAAUCGCUUCAGCUCAACCGUGCCGUUCCUCUCGAGAAGCUACCGAACCUUCUCCGCGGGGCCCCUCAACUAGUUGAGCUAGGUACAGGUGCCUAUUCAGCGGAACUCCGACCAGAGUUAUUAUCCAACUUAUUUGAUGCCUUUACAGUUUGCAAGGAGCUUAAGGGCUUGUCUGGGUUUUGGGAUGUAGUACCAGCAUAUCUUCCAGCUAUUUAUCCAGUCUGCAAUGGUCUCACAUCUUUGAACUUAAGCUAUGCUACUAUCCAGAGUCCUGAUAUUAGUAAGCUUAUUAGCCAGUGUCAGAAUUUGGAGCGGUUAUGGGUGUUGGAUUACAUUGAAGACAGCGGCCUUGAUAUCCUUGCUACUUGUUGUAAAAAUCUGGAAGAAUUGAGGGUUUUCCCCUCUGACCCAUACGGUGUGGAACAGAAUGUGGCUUUGACAGAGCAGGGACUUGUCUCUGUUUCUGAAGGCUGUCCCAAGCUCCAGUCAGUUCUAUAUUUCUGCCGCCGAAUGUCUAAUGCUGCAUUGGUUACGAUUGCUCGGAAUCGUCCAAACCUAAUCCGUUUCCGUUUGUGCAUCAUUGAGGCUCGUGCUACUGAUUACCUAACUCUUGAACCACUUGAUGCUGGUUUUGGGGCCAUUGUAGAGAACUGCAGAGAAUUACGAAGGUUGUCCCUAUCAGGACUUCUCACUGAUCGUGUGUUUGAGUACAUUGGCAAGCAUGCAAAGAAGUUAGAGAUGCUCUCUAUAGCUUUUGCUGGUGAUGGUGAUUUAGGCCUCCAUCAUGUAUUGUCUGGUUGUGAAAGCCUUCGGAAGCUUGAGAUUAGGGACUCUCCUUUUGGAGAUAAGGCUCUGUUGGCCAAUGCUGCAAAGCUGGAGACAAUGCGAUCCCUUUGGAUGUCUUCUUGCUCGGUAAGUUAUGGAGCAUGCAAGCUGCUAGGACAGAGGUUACCAAGGCUCAAUGUUGAAGUAAUCGAUGAGAGAGGGACCCCAGAGUCGAGACCUGAAAGCUGUCCUAUUGAAAAGCUCUAUAUAUACCGGACAGUUGCUGGGCCAAGAUUUGACACGCCUGGUUUUAUAUGGACCAUGGAUGAAGAAGGCAAUACACCAUUGGGGAUUGCAUGAUGAUUUUCUGGUGGACAUAAUGGAAUCUGCAGGUAUACGCAUUUUAUACACUAGUAAUUUUACAUCUGUUGUAUGAUGCCUUUUAUAGUUGCAGUGGCGGCUGAAAUCGGAAGUUGUUAAGAGGCUAUGUAAUAGAGAGGCUCCAGAGCUCAUAUGCCAUCAAUUUUGUGCCUGGCUGAGCUAUGUUCUAGCAAGUGUAGUAGUAACUAAUAAGUAGUUGAACUCUUGCUAUGGAUUUAAGCAUCAUGUAUAAGUUAUUUGUCCAACAUAUUCACUAUGUGUACACUGUUAUUUUUAGACAUGUAUCUUAUGCAUCUGAGAUUCUGACUUUAUUGUUAUGUGGGGCAAAAUUGUUGUUAGAUUUAUGUAAUAAGAACAAGGUUCAAGA